CACCCGGAGGAGCUCACAUACGACCUGAUGUGGAGAGCUGGCUUCACAGUUCAGCCCGACUGGCGAGUGUUGACAUCCCACCUCAGGAAUGCUGUGUGCAGUGUCUGUGAGGGAAUAACGUGGACUCAGGAAACAGCCAGGUAGGAUAUUUGACAACAUUUUCCAACGAUGUACAGCAACUAGACUUUCAGGAUAUAAGGCUCUACUCAUGUCUCUUCACCUCCUUGCUUCAUCAUCAUCAUCAUCAUCUUUCUGUGUAAUGCUGUGCUUUCUGCUCAGUGUCCUCUUGCUGCUGUCCUCAGGGGCGUAUGGUCAAGGUCGUCUAAAGCUGACUGUCCUGUCUGAGGACAGACUGCAGAUGAAAUGGAAGGAGGCUGAUGGACCCAUUCAGGGCUACAAGGUCCGAGUGAGACCUAUCUCAGAGGUGCCACAGCCAGAGCUGAUGCUGACCACCACACGGGGCCGGGCAACGGUGGCAGGACUGGACUCCAGUCAGGAAUAUGCCCUCCAAGUCCUCGUGCUCAAUGGGACGACAGAGAAACUUCUUGCAAAGCGACGAUUCACCAUGGAGGGUCUGCGGGAGGAGGAAAUGAUCCGCAGUGGUAGCCGAGAGCAGAGGAAGAAGAUGCUGCCAGGCGGGUCAGGGUCAGGAGACCUGGACGAUGCAACCGAGGCUCUCCUGGGCAUUCCAACAGUUCUGUAUCCAGACCCCACUACCACUGCUGCUGCUACUACUACUGCAGAGCCCCCAGCUAUUGAAACCCCCUCUCAGCUCCCUGAUGAAGCCCCAGAGAAAACUGGCAAAGAAAAGAGGAAGAGGAAGAAAGAAAAAGAGCGGGAUCGCUCUAAGGUGGAGAAUAAAGAAGAGCAGGGGACGACACAGGGCGAAGCAGCCGAGGAGAAACCCCGGAAGGCACCCUACCCUACCCAGCCGGUGACAGGUAUGUCUCCCAGGAAACCAUUUGAGUGUGACAGCGAUGCAGCAGCGGACAUCAUGUUGUUGGUGGACGGCUCCUGGAGCAUCGGGCGCACCAACUUCAGACGGGUCAGGGACUUCUUAGAGGGCCUGAUGACACCGUUCCACAUUGGGCCGACCCACAUUCAGAUCGGUCUGACCCAGUACAGUGGAGACCCCCGCACAGAAUGGCAGCUCAACAACUUCACCACUAAAGACCAACUGUUGGAAGCAGUAAGGAAUUUCAGAUAUAAGGGAGGAAACACAUUCACAGGCCAGGCUUUGCUCCAUGUCAUGGAGGAGAACAUGAGGGCCGAGGCAGGCGCGAGGUCAGACACACCAUUUUUCCUCGUCUUGUUGACGGAUGGGAAAUCUCAGGACGACGCUAUCGCUGCGGCAAACCGAUUGAAGAAUGCUGGCGUGGAGAUCAUUGCUGUAGGUGUAAAGAAUGCAGAUGAAGCUGAGUUGAGACAAGUGGCGUCGGAGCCAGUGGAUCUGAACGUCUACAAUGUCAAUGACUUUCCUCUGCUCAGCAGACUGGUAGCACGACUGGUUCACAUCCUUUGUGGAAGGAUAGAGGACCGUGGCAUCUCAAAACGAAUGGAACCUGGGCCAACAGCAGACCCAGCCCUCUCCUACCCAAGUCCUACUGAUCUUCGGUUUUCUGAACUGGGCUCCAGAGAAGUGAAGCUUCACUGGACCAAUCCUGCCAAGCCAGUCCAACAAUACAGAGUGGUCUACCACAGCGCCGAGGGUCAGAGUCCACAGGAGGUGGUAUUGGUUGGCUCAGAGUCCACUGUGCAGCUGGAAGGCCUCUCCUCUCAGACACUGUAUCACGUCUCCAUCUUCCCUGUGUAUGAAGACAGUGUUGGUGUGGCACUCAGAGGAACUGUCACUACCUUGCCGCUGGCCAUGCCUGCCAACUUAGAGGUGACUCCUUCCUCUUACAGCACGCUGCGAGUGAGUUGGAGUGCAGCACCCAGUGCAACACAGUACAUGAUCCUGUACUCAGCACUCAACCACGGAGAACCUGAUGAUGCCAAGGAGGAGAAAUUCAGUGCAGACCAGACAGUAGUGGAGCUGGCAGGGUUACUGCCUGCAACAGACUACUCUGUCACUCUUUACGCCCUCUAUGAUGAGGAUCCUAGCGACCCUGUCACUGCUGUUGCCACUACAUUCCCUCUCCCACCGCCGGUGAGUGUUCAGUUCCCGAUGGUCACCCACAGUAUGCUGAGGGUGAGCUGGGUGCCCGGCGCCAUGGACGUCCCCGGCCACCGAAUCACCUACAGCACCAACCACGGCAGUGACGUCAAGCAGGUGGAGGUCACAGGACUGAACUCAGUGCUGGUGCAGAACCUCUCCUCUCUGUCUAGAUAUCUAGUCUCAGUCCAGUCUCACUACCCGCAAGGCCUGUCUGCAGCACUCACCAGUAACAUCACCACAAUGAAGGUGCCUUCCCCAUCAGACUUCAGAGUGACAAAUUUUUCAGGCAGCGAUAUCACUGUGCGCUGGGAGGCUGCAGCUGACGAUGUUGUUUCCUACCUCAUCAAGUGGAUCUCUCUCAGUGGAGGAGACCUGAGACAGCUGAGGGUGAGUGGUGAGAGCGAAGGGGCAAUCCUGGAGGGUGUGGAGGACGAUAAGGAAUACCAGAUCUCUCUGUCUGCACUUUAUGGAGAUGGAGCUCAGAGUGAAGCUGUGGCCACACGCUAUAGCACCUUGUCCGGUGGAGGUCCAUCCAGCGUUUCGGUCUCCGAAGAGACUGCAGUCAGCUUGGUAGUCAGCUGGGUACCUCCCAAUGCUCAUGUCCUCCAGUAUCGUGUGUCUUACACUGCGCUGACUGGAGCUGAAGGCCAGGACAGCACUGUGUUGGUCCCAGGUGGCGAAAAGCGGGUGGUGCUAGAGUCAUUACAGCCAGAUACACGUUACAGCAUCCUGGUCACCGCAGAGUACCGCAACAGAGAAGGAGGCAGCGGUUCAGCUCAGGGGAAAACCACCAGUCUGCGGGUAAGCAGUGUGAGUGUGGUCAGGUCAGACCACUCCAGUAUCUGUGUGUCUUGGAGACCAGUGUCUGCAGUCGAUGGAUAUCGUAUUGUCAUCCAGUCUGUCAAAGAUAAGCAAACAAAGGAAGAAAGUGUCGAUGAGUCCAGCAGCAGUCACUGUUUCACUGAUCUGGAACCAGAGACUCUGUAUCGCAUCAGCGUGCACUCACUUCUCGGCUCAGCAGAGGGCACUGCCGUCUCCAUUCUCCAUCCAACAGCCACGGCUCCUGCCAGAAUUCCCAUCCAUCCCCGAAUGUACCCCAUCCACAAUGAAGUCUGCCCUGAAGUCACCAUCAGGAACAAGAUUGUUAAAGGAUUUGACAUGAUGGAAGCUUUUGGGCUGACUCAGAGAGCUCACUCGUCUGUGGAUGGCGUGGCAGUUGAGCCUUUUGUCUUCAACACCCUCCCCACUUACACUCUGUAUAGAGACGUCCAGCUGACACAGAGUACCAAGUUUAUCCACCCUGCAGGCUUCUCUCCAGAGCACACCAUCAGCAUUGCCUUCCGCGUGUUGCAGGAAACACCCAGGGAGCCAUUCGCCCUCUGGCAGCUCACUGACAACGACUUCCAGCCAAAGAUGGGGGUGGUGCUCAACCCUACUACAAAGCAGCUGGUGUAUUUCAGUCUGGACUACAGGGGAGAAGUACAGGAACUGACCUUUGACCAGACGCAGGUCCACAGACUGUUCUAUGGCAGUUUUCACAAGGUUCACCUGUCUGUCAGCCAGGUGAGUGUGUCCCUGUCUGUGGACUGCCAGCAUGUGGGUGAGAGGCCUGCCCGCCCUUUAGGCAACCUACCAAACGAUGGCUUUGAGAUGCUGGGAAAACUGGUGAAGACCAGAGGACCAAAUAGUGGAUCUGCACCGUUUGGGCUGCAGUCCUUUGAGAUCGUCUGUAACACCACGUGGGCUUUGGAUGAUACCUGCUGUGACCUGCCUGGAGUGAGAGAUGAGGAAAGCUGUCCUGCCCCGGCAUACACCUGUACCUGCUCCUCCGACAUCCCCGGAGCUCCCGGUUCCCCUGGACCAACUGGAAAACCAGGUCCUCGUGGUGAGAAAGGCGAGAGGGGAGAUCAAGGCCAAAAGGGAGAGGUUGGUCCUCCAGGAAAGUCUGGAUUUGAGGGAGGUCUUGGACCUGUGGGCAAUGCAGGGCCCCGAGGCAUGACCGUGCAGGGCAAAGUGGGUCCACCUGGUGCGAGAGGGGAAAAGGGAGAUCCUGGGCGACCAGGAAUCCAGGGUUCACCAGGACCUCCAGGUCCAAAAGGGGGGGAGGGCAUUCCAGGCCCCAAGGGCAUUAGAGGGGCCGAAGGUAGCAUCGGUGCACCCGGUAUUGCUGGACUCAGGGGUUUCCAAGGAAUGCCAGGACACCCAGGGCCUACAGGGGAAAGAGGCCCUGCUGGACCUGUGGGACCUACAGGUCUGUCGGGGAGUAAAGGGGAACGAGGAGAGAAGGGGGAACCUCAGUCUAUGGCCAUGAUCUACCAACUGGUCACACAGGCCUGUGAGCAACUAGUACAUAAGGAGGUGUUGAAGCUCGACAUGUUCAUUAACGAGAUAAGUCGUAAGCCAGCUCCCAUUGAGGAGCCGGCGGGGCCUCCAGGGGAACCUGGUAUACCAGGGCCCAAGGGCCCACCAGGCGCCAGGGGCUCCCAGGGGAAUGUCGGCCCAAGGGGGAGACCUGGCAGGGCUGGAUAUCCAGGAGAACAGGGAAGGAGAGGUAUGCCAGGGCAGAAGGGGGAUGCAGGGACCAAUGUCCAGGGGCCUACAGGGGUCAAAGGGUUUGCAGGUCCUCCAGGUGAGUCCAAGCUGGGAAGCCCAGGCUCCAAAGGAGAUAACGGUCAGUCAGGACCCCUGGGGAUCCCCGGACCUGGUGGACAGCCAGGCGAGAUUGGUCCACCGGGGGUGUGUGACAGCAGUGGAGGCUGCCACAGAGUUCCCCAGCAAACAGAAGACCCUUAUUAUGGCUACCAGCCCUGAGUAGAUAAUACCAAGCAAGCAGCAAUGGUAAGGUGACUGACGUCUGUUUGAAAUGACUAUGGUUCCUUUGGAUCUGAAUGACAGACUGGGAAUGGAGCUAACAGAGCACCACUGAAGAGGUUUGGUGGAUUCGAUUUGCCACUGACUGAUGCAGAAGCUUUACAGUCUUCAUCAUGUGUAAGAAAAGGAAACAGUACAGGAAGGAUCUCUCCGUCCUCUUCUUACAGUGUUCUUUGACAUAAAAUAUGGCAGAGAAAUGAACUAAGAAUAAAGUAGGAAACUUACAGAAUAGUGUUAGAUGGCCAGAUAGCAUCAUAUAGGAAAAUAUUUUCCCAUUGGGAUCAGUCAAAUGCUGUCUCAUACUGUACACCAUAUUCGCACUGAAGCCUUUUGUUUCUAUGUUUAUGUAUUCAUGCACUGUAUUAAUGCCAAGUAGUUUAGCCACCUGUGGUACAUUUCUGUCUAUUUCAUUUGAAAUUCUAACCUUAACUGCCUCAAGGAUAAUGAAAAUGCAUAACCCAUGGUGUAAAAGCUUCUUUUUGUUCCAUGGUAUAAACGAUACUGUGAGAAUGUCUGUUGUCAUAUGUAUAUUGUUUAUUAUGUUUACUGUAUACAGUUAUCCAUGUAUGAUAUUUUUUACUGCACCUAUUCAUAUUGAAAAUUCAGGUUUACAUUUUCUGAUUUCCUGGGGUCUGGGUGUUAAAUACUGUG